AUGAGGCUUUCUGGGGAAAACAGGAGAAGCUUCCCAACCUCAGAAAUUGACUUGAGCAAGCAGGGACUGGGGGCUGACUUGAGGCUUUUACUGGGGCUGCUCCCUGAGUCCUUGGUCUUCCGGGUGGCCUUCCUGCCUGGCAAGAACAUCUCCCCUAUUGCGUCCUUCUCCUUUCCUGGGACAAUACUUUUAGGUUUUACUGCUGCAUAUCCAACACAAUCCUCCAUUCCUUUUAGAGUUCAGACUCUGGAAAGUCCAAAUUCAGAAAGAAAAGGCUUUAAUAGUCAAACCAAGAGAUUUUGUGAUAAAAAGGAUGAUAUCCCAGGUCCUGGGUUCUACAAUGUCAUUCACCAAUCUCCAGUGUCCAACAGUGUUUCGUUGUCUAAGAAAGGAACAUGCACUUUUCCUUCUACGCGGGCCCGACUGGACACCAUCAUCUCUAAAUAUCCUGCGGCAAAUGCAUAUUCUAUCCCAUCGUGUAUUCUUUCAAAGAAAGACUUCAGUAAUUCCUGUUCCAGCAUGUUCCAGUUGGCAAGCUUUGCCAAAGUUCUCAAAUUUGUAACUCCUGCACCAAACCAUUACAAUGCCUCUACCUCUUUCUGCAAGCAGAAAAACAAUGUCUGUGCCCGAGCCGGGUUUAUGUCAAGGACUCAAAGAGGAGUUUUCAGUAUCACUGACACAGGACCUGCUCCAGGGCAUUAUAAUGUCAACGAAUCACUUGUGAAGCAGUCACCAAAGAUAUUAAUGUCUUGUUUUAAAUCAAAAACUGACCGAGGAGUAAAACUGAUGUCAACAGGCCCAGGACCCGGUUCUUACAACCCAAAUGAUCACACCAAAUUUCCGAAAAAGACUCUUUUCCCGAAAAACCCCAUCCUGAACUUCUCCGCCCAGCCUUUGCCUCUCCCACCAAAGCCACCUUUCCCGGGCCCUGGCCAGUAUGACAUCGUGGACUACACAGGGCCCCCCAAGCAUUUCAUCUCCAGUGCAUCGUUCGUAUCCAACACCCGCCGAUGGACAAUGGAUCCGUCCCAGACGGGGUUCCCUGGUCCAGCCACGUACAAGCCAGAAUUCCCAGGAAAGCAGUCCUUCCUCUACAAUGAGGACAACAAAUGGAUCCCAGUGUUGUAA